GUCGUCUCAGUGAAGUUCAUCUCCGCGAUGAAAAAGCCUGGUAAAAUGACGGACGGAUAGAGCUCGGAAGGUAUGGAAAAUGCGCAGAGCGCCGUCGAUGAUCGCAAGCAAGGCAACGAAGACGCUGGCCCCGGGUCCGAAAAGCUGUUGCCGCCUAUGUCGAAGAACGCGCAGAAGAAGCUGCUGAAGCAGCAGAGGUUCGAAGCGAAGAAAGCCGAGAAGAAAGCGGCCAUGAAAGAGCACAAGAAAAAGGAGACCGAGAGGAAGCGCAAAGAGUGGGAGGAGAUGCUCUCGAGCGUCCCCGAAGAGGAGAGAUCAAGGCUGAUCGAAUCCAGGAAGGGCCUGCGCAAGGAGAGGAUGGAUCAGAGGUCAGACCAACGGCAGAACAAGAUCCAGAGGCUUACCGCUGCAAAACUCCACGGUCACAACUUCGUCCUCGAUCUCGAAUUCUCCCAUCUCAUGACCCCUUCCGAGAUUCACAGCCUCGUUCAACAGAUUAUGUAUUGCUAUGCAGUAAAUGGUAGAUGCAGUUCCCCCUGCCAUCUCUGGUUAACUGGUUGCCAGGGAGAAAUGGAUAUCCAAUUGAAAAGGCUUCCUGGGUUUGAUAAUUGGAUAAUAGAGAAGGAGAUCCGGCCCUAUUUUGAAGCCUUUCAAGAACGCAAGGAACAUCUGGUCUAUCUCACGGCAGAUUCAGAAACUGUGCUGGAUGAACUCGAUCCAAUGAAGAUAUACAUUGUUGGUGGGUUGGUGGAUCGAAACAGGUGGAAAGGGAUAACAAUGAAUAAAGCAAGAGAGCAGGGGAUUCAAACUGCUAAACUGCCAAUAGGUAGUUACUUGAAGAUGUCCGGCUCCCAGGUCCUCACUGUGAAUCAAGUAAUAGAAAUAUUGCUGAAGUUCUUGGAAACAAGGGACUGGAAGACUUCAUUCUUUAUGGUGAUCCCUCAAAGAAAAAGAUGUGAAGAUAAUUCAGAAGCGCUCCAAGGAGAUUCACACCAGGAAGAGAACGAACGGACUACUGAUCAACUCGAUAGGAAGAGGACGUGCAUUGAAUCCCCGCCUCAUUGCUAAAGCAUUUGCUGAGCUUCAAUCUCUUCUUAGGGGUGGUGGUGGGUCACAAGGCAGAUUUUUUCCUUUCUUUCUGUUUAAAGUUUAUUCGCACCUUGCAGAUGUAGUUUGUUCAUUUGAUUUUCCUCUCUUUUCUUUUUAACCCUCCACCCUUCAUAGAGGGCAUUGCAUUAACUCGGGAACUCGAUGGUGUUACGGGGGGUGAAUUGAACAACACGGUGCUUCUGCUAUUUGUGAUUUGGCUGCACAUUUUGCUGCAGUAUUAGCUGCCCCGCUAUGCUUGAAACAAGAUUAAGAACAUAGUCAAA